AAAAGAACUGGGAAAAAACAGUGUUCACUACACAAGUAGUGAUUGGCAGGUUUUUUGCACACACCCACACAAGCUCUGGUAUAAGAGAUGACUGCCAUCACACAGACCAAAGACCUGGCUGUUACAGCACCUGCUGCGUUGUUAUCGGAUAUCUUCCAUCAUGUUGAAGGGUAGCAUGCUGAUGUUUAUCCUCUGCUGCCUCUGUGUGGGGAUAAGACGUCUAAAUGCAAAGACGUUACCUGUAAACAAUACCACAGAGGCCCUCCUGAAAAGUUCUGAUGUUAAGACGACAUCUCUAAACUCAGGACCUGUGGAUCCUGUAAAUGCUCAGAAUACCUCACUGAAGUUAUCUGGCGCCUCAGUGCAGGAUCCAUCAGGUCGGUCCUGGAUUCUCACAAUCCCUCUUAGCAUGUCUCUGGACUCUGUCGACGACAUGUAUCACGGCUGCUCCCAUAAGAUGCUGAUCAGAGUGAAACGUCAAUACCUCCCAAGGAGCACCAAGGAAGAUCUGCACUCCACAUACACUAAACUUUGUGCCUUCAAAGCCAUGAAGAAUAAGGACGCCGAUGACCUGCUGUCCUGGAAUCACUUCAGGGCACUGUGUGCCUACACAGCGGGAGCAUAUGGUGGCCUAAACAGAGCAGUCCGCAAAGGGAAGGCCUCAUACAAAACCUCGUUUGAGUUCCACAGCCUCCACUUCCUGCUGUCAGAUGCCAUCCGGCUCCUAAAACUCAACCAGAGGUACUGCUAUAAAACCUACAGGAGAAGCAAACUGCUCUUCAGCGGGGAAUCUGGACAAACCAUGCGCUUUGGUUCCUUCGCCUCCAGCUCACUCAACAAGGACCUGCGUCAUUUUGGGCGGAGGACCUGCUUUGAGAUACAGACAUGCUUUGGUGCCUACCUCAAGUCCUACACAGAGUUUGACUCAGAAGAAGACGAAGUCCUCAUUCCUCCAUAUGAGAUGUUCAAUAUUGUCUCUGUGGACAAGUCAGGAGAGAAUGAUCUACAGUGUGAGGUCGUCUUCAAACUUGAGACUGCUGGAGUUUACAGCAGUCUCAACUGCCAGGCUGCUGGCCUUUUUUAAAGACUUCACACCAUUAUUUUUAUACAUCACUAAUUGUUACUGAUUUGUUUCAUUCUUGAAUUUAUUAAAAUAUUUGUAAUUACUUCAAAUGAUUGACUACUGUAUUACAUAAUAUACAAUAGAAGGCACACUACUGCAGCAUAUUAAAGGAGUCAUUAUACUCCUUUUCCACAAGUCAAGCUGAAUGUUUGCUUUUAUUUGCUCUUAUACCUGAUUAAUAAAAUGAUGUGCAAUAAAUAUGGGUUUUCUAUUUGACAGGAAGAGAAGAGGUUGCAUGUUUUUGUUUCAGUAAAAGAUGUGAAACACUUUCA